GCUCACAUCCCUCCUCACAAACCCCGCCAGAAACUUCCAGAGCUGCUCCUCCUCCUCCUCCUCCUCCUGCUCCUCCUGCUCCUCCUGCUGCGGUGGUUUUAUCUCCUGUUUGAAAAGAAGAAGGGCUGAUAAAGGAAAGAGAGAUGAACGAGAGUGAGCUCAGCUCCCCGAUAACGGAGUACGACUUCGAGCGGCGCUUCGACGAAAGACGAGCUCUGGAAUGGAUGCAGGAGAACUGGAACAAGUCGUUCAUGUUCUGUGGCCUGUAUGCUGCGCUCGUGUUCGCGGGUCAGCACUUCAUGAGAGAAAGGCCGAAGCUGAACCUGCGACGCCCGUUAGUCCUGUGGUCGCUCAGCCUGGCCAUCUUCAGCAUCAUCGGAGCGGUGAGGACCGGACUGUACAUGCUGCACAUCCUCACAACCAGCGGCUUCAAGCAGUCGGUGUGUGACAGCGGCUUCUACAGCGCCCCCGUCAGCAAAUUCUGGGCCUACGCCUUCGUUCUCAGCAAGGCCCCCGAGCUCGGUGACACCGUGUUCAUCGUCCUCCGGAAGCAGCGCCUCAUCUUCCUGCACUGGUACCACCACAUCACCGUGCUGCUCUACUCCUGGUACUCCUACAAGGACCAGGUGGCGGGCGGCGGCUGGUUCAUGACCAUGAACUACUUGGUCCAUUCCCUCAUGUACACGUACUACGCAGCCCGGGCCGCCGGCGUGCGGGUGCCCCGUCCCUGCGCCAUGAUCAUCACGGCCACCCAGAUCAUGCAGAUGGUGAUGGGCCUCACCGUCCUCGGGCUGGUGUACCGCUGGAUGCACGAGGUGCGCUGUCGGUCCUACAUGGACAACAUCGUGUGGGGCUCUCUCAUGUACCUUAGCUACUUGGUCCUUUUCGCCAUGUUCUUCUACAACACCUACCUCAGAGGCUCCUCCGGGGUCAAAGGCUCCUCCGGGGACAAGGGAUCCAAGGCAGAGUAGCGUGUCCACGCUGUGCUCGGCAGUCGUAUCGAAGUGUGCCAUAAGUAUAAUGACCGACGGUGAGGGGCCAUGAAUGUGAGUGAAGUUAACGGUUUGCUCGGCCCUCCUCUUUUUACCACAUUUACACUUACUUACUCACUUUAAAGGAAUCUGUAGCUCAACAGUGAUUGGUCCGUGGAUGUAGAGCGGUAGGGAAGAGGAGGCUGGGCACAGAUUAAUAAGAUCUCAUGAUUAGAUGCAAGUACAGAAUGGAAAUUAUGGUUGAAUAAGGGGGAAACCCAUGUUUGUGUUUUAAUAGCAUAGUACUCUUUACUUUGAAAUUAUUGCCUUGGUUACUUAGACUCUUGACCAGUAUCCAAAGCAGCCAUACGAGGGCCAAAUAUUGAUGAGAGGUGGUUUACAGACGUUUGUGUUGUUAUGUUCCGUGAAGGCUCUGCACUAGAGGAAACAAGCACUUGUGCGCUUUAAUUUGCUAAAAGAAUAGUUCAACAUCCACAUGAGAAGAGUGAGCGUUAGCUUAGCAUAAAGACUGGAAGCAGAUAGUUUCUUUCUUAAGUGCACUAAAACACUUAAUAUACAACUUAUUUAUUUGACCAAGGGAAAGUAAAAGAACCUUUAAAAACGUCACUUGGCGUUAGAUUUAUGUGCCGGAUCUACUUCUUUAUCCAUCCGCCCGGCUCUUCUCAGCAGCGCGGACUGCCAGAUACAGCAGGUGCACAAUUUACUUUUUGGCUCAUUUGUAGAAAAUGUACCAGCCAGAAAUCUUUGCCACCGGCCAGAAAACUGCAUCAGACACCACCGCUCACAAAAACACUCUUUUUCUGUACGCCUGAAACAAACAAACCUGUUAACUAGACACCUCAGACGGGCCCGUAGGUGAGUUUUUUUCACCUGGCUAGCUCCUUCCCCCUGUUUCUAGUCUUUAUGCUAAGCUAAGCUAACCACGUCCACAUCUGGUUUUAACCAACAGACACGAAACUGACAUCGUCUCGCUCUCAGAAAGUGUUGAACUAUUCCUUUUAAUCCAGCGUCUGUUUUAGCCCCAGCACAACUGUGACCUACAGGAUGGUACAUUGAGGAUUACCCAAUGCACUAAAUGAAAGAAGGGUGUUUUCUCAUGUUAGUGUUUAGGUCUCAACACACACACACACACACACACACACAUUAAAACUAUGUAGCUCUGAGCGUCUGUGAGUAGCUUCAGUAAACUGAGGCAUGCUAAUACGCUCGUUAGCUGUCAUUUAAAAAGGGAACACCGAUGAUCGGGUGAACACGGCCUCGACUUUCUGCUCUUUCCACACUCCGUUAGAUGAUAAGAUCUGAGUGACGAACACAUUCUUCAGCUGACAGCCGCCCCAGAGAAUACAACUUCCUCCUGUCCCUGUUCUUUCUGUUCUUUUAUAUAAAACAAACACACGUUUACACACAUUUUGCCUUCUUCAUCUCACUCGAGAAGUUACACUGGACAAGGCCCAGUCUGCAGCUCCUCUUCAUGACUGAGAGGGGCUGAGAGGGGGGGGUUAGUAGUUGGUUUCAGAUAUAAAACCAAAGGGCAGAUGUAUUAAACUGUGUGUGCACACAGACUACAGAGAAUACUGUAUGCACUGCUCUGAUUUGGUCAGAUUUGUGUAAGCAUGGAUCUGGUUUAUAAACCUCCACUCCCACAGUUAGCCAUAAAGAUAUAGAGAUACAGACACACCCACGACCCAAAGUACUUCUGCUCAGCUUCACCAAACUUCAGACCUGCCAGUGAAGAGAAGUGUCACUGUUUUUAGAAAGAUCAAAAGGCACAAACUUGCAGGCUGAGAGGCAGUAACGCCAGCAGUGUCUCUCCUCUGAUGAUACACAGGAGCUUUUAAGCGCCUCGUUUCCUUUUAGUAAUCACACCUGAGCAGAGCGACAGGAAACAGCCGCCUGUUGCACCGACGUUCAAACCGCUGACAGUACAGAUAAUGGACAGAGCGUCUGGGUCUGUGAAGGGUCUUAAACCUGCAUUCUGUGUAACGACCAGCAGGGGGAGCUCCACAGGCUGCAAUAACACCCUGACUAAUGGAGCCGACUUCUCAGUUGAUUUAUGAGCUCAUUCAACAGUUUUUACUAUUUCUCUCCUAAAAUCGUGUAAAAGUGUGAAAGUAUCCAGUAUUUCACUGGAAAAAAAGCUAAAAUUAGAGAAAAAUAACCACAAUUUAAUGACUAUAUUUGCCUUUUAACCCUUUAAACCUUCAUAUUUGUGGGAAAAUGUGUCUGCGGGUGUUUCUGUGCACACACAGCGUCACACAUCUGGCCUCUUUCUGUUUUACUGCCCUUUUAUUUUAAUGUACAUCAUGUCCAUCCACAGUGUUGGCCUCUCUGUCCUGUGUUCCUCCUGUGCUGUAAUACACCCAGCAUACUGUAGAUCCACUGGGGGGGGUUGCCAACAACUGAACUUUAAAUUGUACAAAGCGAUGCUUCUGCAUUGACAUAUUCUGAGGUGCUGAUUCUGACACGAUGAAGUUAAACAGGAAGAAAAACUGCUGCUGAUGUGUCCAUUGUAAAUAAUGAGAAUCUAUUUAUUUUCUUAAUAUAUAACAUUCUGUGGCAGAUCUAAAGUGGUAGAGUAUUUUUAUUAGCACGUGCAGUUAGCUGUGCUUUGUUGUGUUCUUUCCAUCCUGUUUGUGCUUUCGUUCCUCACAUCUGCUGACAAACCGAUCACCAUUUUUGCCUCUUAAAUGUCAAGAGAUGGAAGGUAAAUGUAAAGGUAGACUCCUUAAAGCCAUUAAUGUUGGCAGGUAGGUGUGUUUCAUCUGUGGUAUGUGUCGUGUAAUUUCAUACCGUCCUUUUUUCGUAUUUGUUUUCAUUAUCAUGUCCGGUGUUUUGUGCCCUUUUAGAUAAAAACCAGUGCACAUUCUGGAUCAAACAAAUGCUUACAAAUGUACUUUGAGCCAUCGUGUCUAACCACUAUUACUCUCUUUGUUGUGGAGGAGCUGACGUUUACAUUAGACUCUCUUGGUUUUUAGUUUUCCAGCUCUAACAUCAAAUAUCCGCCCGUUUGUGACUUCAGCACUGCUGUAUUUUACUUUAUUAUUCAGCAACGUCCAAUCUUUAAAGGUAUUUCAUGAUCUCUUCUGUCUGCCAGUGUUUCAGUCCAACAGGCCUCUGUGGACUUAACGCAGUGGUUCCCAACCACCACCAGGGGGUGCCAUACCUUCUUGAUUUUAAGGGAUGUAAGAAAACUUUCAAAAUAUAAACACAGACGGUCUAUAACUCAGCAUUUUGUUGUUAAAGCUUAGAUUACUCUGUAAAACCAGAUACGUUCAUUUAGUUCAAAAAAUUGUUGAAACUGAAACUUUAAAGUAAAGCAAACGUAUUUUGUAAGUUUAAAAAACAUUCUUGAUCGAGUAGCUUCAGUAAUUUUAAGUGACACUGACUUCAUUUUGGCAUUUUUAUUUGUACUGUGAAAAAACAACAACUACUUAAUCAAGAAUGUUUUUACUUAAUCAAGUUUGUGUAUUAUUUAAUAUCUAAACUUUGAUGACCUGAACACGAGCUGUAUUAUAAGGGUGAAGAAAACACGGAAUUUGUCAAAAAAAAGAGUCUGUAUGAUUGUUAAAAUUAAAAGAAAUACAUAAUACAGGCAGAGAAUUGUUUAAAAAGUUGCUAAAACUAUCAGAAAAAACUCAUCUCUCAUCCAAAUCGCUCAUUUUACAGAAACCUCCUGCAGUUACUGUGUAUUUGGGUUCGUUGUUCAGUUUAUCAGGUAGAUAAUAUAAAAUAUGUCACUUAAGGGAAACAGGUUGGGAACCGCUGAGUUAACGUACAAAUACUUCAUCAUUCUGGGCAGAAAGAGAGAAAAUCCCUCUGAAGAUGCAGUCUGGAGUCUCCUCUGGAUGAUCUUUACCACCAACAUGUGGCCAGAUGUUCACCAGUCCGUCAGUACAACCUGUAGUUUUACUGUAAAACUGCUCCCAGAUCUGUUGGAUCGUUUAUAAGAAGGCACCAAGUGAAAACUGUCAGUUAUGAUUCCUGCAUUUGUUGUAACACAUUUUUAAACUUGAAAUUAUUAUUGUUAUUAUUAUAUUAGUUAUUUGUGUGCCAAACUAUGCCUCUGUUUAUUUUUUUUUCCAUCAUGGAUCAAUGUGAGUGCGCUCCUCUUGUAAAACAUCAGAAAACACGCUGAUUUCACUCCCGUGGAUUCGGCUCUCGACUGCAAACGAAGGGAAAAAAUAACAGUUUAAGGGCUUUUAAUGUUGAAAUGUUGUUUCAAUAAAUUCAUUCUGGUUUCAAAA